AUGAAUCAAUCUAAACAAAAUCGAAUGGCUAUGAUGGAGUUUGAAAAUAACAAGAGAAAAAAAUUACAAAGAAUAUAUGAUAGAAAAAAUUGUAUUGAAAAUUUACCAAAUGAAAUAUUUUAUGAAAUAUUCGAUUAUCUCGACGGUUGUUUAUUAUAUGAAGCAUUUUCAAAUCUUAAUUAUCGUUUUCAACAAUUACUUAUUGAUUCAUCUGUUCGAUUAAAAAUAAAUUUUGUUUCGUAUUCUGGCGUACUUUUAGAACAUCGUUCGAAACAUAUUGUUAUACCGAAACGACAUCAAAUUAUUUCGUUUAAUUUUGAUAAUGCUUUUGGUGAAUCGCCAAUUUUUACAUGGUUUCCUAUUAAUUCACAAUUUAAUCGUCUUGAAUCAAUUACUCUUAGAGAUAUUCGAACAGGCGAAUUAUUAUUACUUCUUGUCGAUUUAGUUUUCCUACCUCGACUUUUCUCUUUAACUAUUUAUCUUCAUAAAACUUCGAAAGAUCUGAGUUAUUUAUAUAAAUUAAUAUUCAAUUUACCUAGGCUGAAAUAUCAUAAACUUUCAUUUCGAGGAUUAAAAAUAAACAAUCCUUUAUUAAUGGCAACUAACAAACAACUUAGUACAAUUGAAUAUCUUGUUAUUGAUCAUAUAUGUACAUUGAAUGAAUUUAUUACUAUUCUUUCAUAUACACCACGAUUAUCUCAUAUAAUUUGUAAACAAAUAGUAAAAUCAAAUCAAAUUAUGAAACAACAAAUACCAAUUAAAUUAAUUCAUUUAACACAUAUGUGUAUACGUUAUUGUUAUUUACGAUUUGAUGAAUUAGAAGAUCUUAUUAAAAAGAUAGGUUCUCAAUUUCAUAAAUUACGUAUUCAUACGUACAAAGAUUUUUCUUAUUUGGAUGCUGAUCGUUGGGAACAAUUGAUAAUACAACAUAUGUCAAAAUUACAUUUAUUUAAAUUUAAAUAUACAGAAAUGAUCAAUGAACAUUUACAAAUAACUCCAUGUCAUACACAAAUCAAUCGAUUUCAUUCAUUAUUUUGGAGUCAACGUCAAUGGGUUUUUAAUCUUUCCAUCGAUACAGAUAAUCAGCAAGCUAUUGCUAUCGUUUAUUCUAUUCAUUCAUGCAGGUAUAUUAGAAGUAAAUUUUAA